GCUGCCAAAUAUGAACGUUAGGUGUACGGUGCUUUCGUCCUUGACCAAAUGCGUUGAUCGUAUACGCAACGUUUGUAUUUUAGCUCAUGUUGAUCAUGGCAAGACUACUAUGGCUGACGCUCUGUUGGCUACUAAUGGGAUUGUUUCUUUGCGCCAGUCAGGGAAACUCCGUUAUAUGGAUAACACUGAAGCGGAGCAAGAACGUGGAAUAACAAUGAAAUCUAGUGUAAUUGGCCUCAUUUUCAAUCGGAAUAUCUCCUCUACAGAUACAGAAAGUGGUUCCAAUUGUUAUCUCAUAAAUUUAGUGGAUUCUCCUGGACAUGUGGACUUUUCUUCAGAAGUUUCAACAGCAGUUCGAUUGUGUGAUGCUGCAAUCAUCGUGAUAGAUGUCGUUGAAGGAGUGUGUCCUCAGACACGUACAGUACUUCGUCAAGCUUGGGAUGAAAGACUUACUCUUUUGCUGGUUCUUAACAAGAUUGAUCGCUUGAUUUUGGAGCUAAAGAUGACCCCUUCGCAAGCUUAUGAAACAAUGUGUCGAGCAAUAGAGCAAGUUAAUUCAGUCCUUGCAGAGAUGUUUUCUGCGGAUAUGAUGCGUCAAACAGAUGACGUGUGGCAAACGAACCUCAGCAAACAAAAUCUUUCGAAUGAUUUGAAAAAUGAUGAAAAGGUGUACUACUGGAGUAAUGAUCUCGGGAAAGCUGAUGAUUCCAAUCUAUUCUUCUCACCUGAAAAAGGAAAUGUUGUAUUCUCUUCUGCUAUAGAUUCAUGGGGUUUUCGUGUAGACCAGUUUUAUAAGACAUGGUCUGAACGUCUAUCUGUUCCUUCUUCAAUUUUACAAAAGUCUCUGUGGGGUGAUUUUUAUCUAACUUCCUCUCCUACAGAAUCGAAUAAAAUGAUUGUCAAAUCGAAUGCUAGACAAAAGCGAAAGAAGUCAAUAUUUGUUCAAUUAGUUUUGGAGCCUUUAUGGAAUGCUUAUCAAACGUUACUACUGGAUGACAAACGAGAUAAAGUGUUUGGAAUGGCUGAGAAAGUUGGCAUUAACCUUGACCAACGUGUUAUUCGUAAUGUUGAUAGUCGUGGAGUCUUGCGUGCUUUCCUGAGUGCUUGGUUGUCUUUGGGUCAUAGCCUUAUGUAUGCUAUAACGGAUAUUUGUCCCAGUCCAUCUUCAGCAGUAUCCGCUGACCGAGCUGUACAUAUGCUUUAUGGGGAUACAGUUUUGUGUGAUUUACCUCUUCUGAAAAAAGAUACUGCCAUUUCAAUCGAUCAAACUUCUCGUGUACCGAUGAACUCAAUAUAUUCGACAUCUGGAGCUAGCUUGGCUCUUCAAGCAUGUGAUUCCUCUCCAGAAACCCCAACUAUUGUUUUUGUAGCCAAAGUGUUUUGGACAGAUAAAUUACGUCCCGCUUCAACUGCUUGCAGUCUUUCUGUUACUGAUAUUAAAAAACCAGAAAAUACAAAUUCUGUUUGCGGUGUACAGCUAAGGGAUACUGAAAAUUCAGAAGCGAAUCCUGUAUGUGUAACCCAACCAUCUAUUCGUAAUUUUAUAUCGAAACAAUCCAAUAUACGAUCUCCUUUAUUAUCUUGCAACCCAUUUGUAGAUACUGUUUUUGUUGCCUUGGCUCGAGUUUUUAGUGGUUCAAUUUAUCGUGGCCAAAAGUUGUUUGUUCUUGGCCCAAAGUUUGAUGGUCGGAAGGUUCCUUCAUAUCUCUUGGAUGCAGAUCCUGAAAAUUUUCCGCUUGGUCCUGUUCGUUUACGCAAUGAAGAUGACGAUUUUGGUCUUUUACCAACAAACAACGAUAUUAACUCAUUUGAUGAUCUUGGCAAAGCGAGUUCAGUGAAUUCUGGUUCUUUUUCUAUUAGCCGUUCUGGAUCAGUUGGUGGUUCAAGUGAUUGUAGAUUAACAGGUUCAAGAUACUUACGUCAUGUUUAUGUAGCCUCCAUUAUUCGUGUCCUUCAAUUAUUGGGAGGUCAGUCUGAUAUGGUUGAGAUUCUUGAACCUGUACCAGCUGGGAAUAUACUAGGUCUCACUGGACCAGAUUUAAUCGCCUGCCUCCCAAAAUCUGGUCUUUUGGUUAGUCGGCUGUCUCUGGUUGCCUCAGUUAUCAAUAGAACGAAUAAUUCUGAAACUGAAUUGGCUCCUGUUCUACCGCUUGCUGGGUUAGCCGUUUGGCAUGGUGCACCAGUGAUUUCAGUUGCUGUUGAACCUGCAUCCGCUGCAAAUCCUGAGGAUGUUUACAGGCUUGAACGUGGUCUUCGGCUCCUAGAUCGUUCUGAUCCUUGUGCAGAGGUAACAAUUACAGCCAGUGGUGAAUACAUCAUACGUGCGGCUGGAGAGAUUCAUUUGCAAAAAUGUAUAGAAGAUUUAGUGAAGUACUUUGCUCCUGAUGUAGAAUUACAAAUAUCUCCAUUCGUUGUACCAUUUCGUGAAACAGUUAUUGAUUCAUGUACAACAAUAAAUUCACCGUCAUUAACUUCACUAUCCAGAUUAUCUUAUGAAAAAGCUUGUCUCCAGUUUGAAAACUUACUUCAGAAGUUGAAUCUCAAGUCGGAUAUUGUUUGUAAUCAACUACACAAUCUUAAUUUGGAGUCUUCAUCAAUAACGCGUGAAACAAUAGAAAAUGAUAUCAGUAAAACGAUUGAUAAUCUAAAGCUAAACAAUACUAGUAGUGGGGUUAGUAGUAUUUACAAUUUACAAAAAAUACAUAACGUUAACAAUUUCGAAAUUACCAACUACCCAGUCAGUGUAUUUCAACUUCCACACAGUAAGCCGAGAACAAGAAUUCUAAUCCGAGUUACUGCUCAUUCAAUGCCAAGUGAAUUAUUAGAAUGGAUUGAACAUAGAGGUGCAUCGAAAAUUUCUCAUCUUAUUCGAGCAUUUAAAAGUAAAGCUUCAAAUUACACUAAACUUUUGUUUGAAUUUGAACAACAGCUGACAAGUGUAUGCUCUCAGUUAACAUCAACAUGUAGUUCCACUUGUUCCAUUAAUUGGAAACAGAUUACAAAAUCUUUGUUGGCAUUUGGACCAAAUCAAACUGGACCAAAUAUGUUAAUCAGUCAUCUGAGUACUGAUGCCUUUCCGUUAUGCACUGCAUGGGGUAAAAAGUUUAGUACAUCUGAUGACUUCUCAGUGGAUUCAGAAAUGAUUGGUAGAAAAACCUAUUCUUUACCACUUAUUAGUUAUGGUAAAGCUCUGCUUCGUGGAUUUCAACUAGCUACUCUAAAAGGUCCUCUUUGUGCAGAACCAAUGUAUGGUGUUAUUUUUGCGUUGGAAGAAAUUGUUGCAGAAAGUUUAGAUAGUUUAAAGUUACCGGAUAUUGAUAAUAUUUGUCAGGAUAAAACACAAGAAUCAAAUGUUGAUUGUCAAUUACCACUACCUGAGAAUAAGAGUUUUAUAUCUUCGCCUACCUCCUCAGCUGAACUACCUAACACUCAAAUUGCAACUACUAAACUUCGACGUAAAUCCAAACGGUUAACAUCAAUUUCAUGGUUAGAUGAUUAUGAAGAUGAUGAUAUUAGAAAUUCUUAUCACAGUAGCUCAGAAGGUGAUGAUGAUUAUGACAAUGAUAACAAUGAGAACUGGGAUUCAGAUUCUUCUGAAGACGACACUCAAUCGGAUAAACAAUCUGAUAUUGAAAACACUAAUGAUGCUAUUUUGCAAAAUCUUAAACCUGAAGCCUGUAUUGAAGUGACAAAAGAAAUUCCAUAUUGGGAACGUAGGUCAGAUAUGUCAUGGUUACAUGAUAUUCCUCCAGGACUUUUAACACCAGCUAUGACACGUGCAUGCAUAGCUGCAUUCCAAUCUUGUCCAUCUCAACGUUUAAUGAUUGCUGUAUAUGAUUUAGAAUUACAGGCUCGAAGUGAUGUUCUCGGACGCAUGUUUGGUGUUCUUCGGCGAAGAUAUGGUCGAGUUGUUGGUGAAGAUUUUCGAGAAGGUGAAAACACCUUUGUUAUAAAUGCUAGAUUACCUGUUAUUGAAAGUUUUGGACUUGCAGAUGAAAUACGAAAACGUACCAGUGGUAUUGUUAGUCUUCCUCAAUUACGUCCAGGUGGCUGGGAAUUACUCGACAUUGAUCCACUGCAGAAAGACAUAUCCACGAAUAACAUGGAGUUGUCUAGUGAAACAUCUCAUCUACGAACAACAGGUAAACAUUUUCGAUCAAAAGUAGUUGCAACACAUUCUCAUUGUGUUGAUGAUGAUGGUGCUGCUGAGAAUUUAGAGGAGUCAGCAAGUCAAUUCUCCCGAGUUCAACGGUACAUUCGUGAAGUAAGACUUCGAAAAGGCUUACCACUGAAUGAACAAUUAGUACUUAACGCUGAUAAGCAAAGGACGUUGAAAAAAAAUAAAUGAUUUUUCCCUUAUAACUGAUUCAGUUGUAUAUUAUAUAUUUCCCAAAAUAAUAUUUUUUAAAAGAAAUUGUUGAAUACAUGGGAUUUUUUAUGAUUGAAUCUAUAGGCAUGUUGUUGUUUACCUAUGCCAAUCUCCAUUUUUUCAUCAUUUCAAAUCAAGAGAUCAUUUUCGCAC